AUGGUUAUAACAGUGAAAAAUGGAGACGUUAGUAUUGUCUCGACAAAAGCAGAGGCCGAUAAAAAUAAUAUUUCUUUUUAUCAGCCAAUCAAUUCCAACAGUCAUGGGGUUCCAAAUUUAAGUUUUUUAUUUUAUUAUAUACACACAAGUGAUUUUGAUAAGUUCAAAUCGACCAACUACGUGCUCAUAUUAGAUAAAUCCUCAAACUCGCUUAGGCGAUUGCAGGUGGCAUCAUACCUCAUGCCACCAGCACAACCUCACAGAUUUGGCAUAGCUUUUAGAAUUUAA